AGUAAAAUACCUCCUACUAUGCGCUUAUCGGUGUAACAUUGCUUCUGUCCACAGGGCGGCGUUGUUACUGCGGGUUGCUAGUGGCCGAAAGGGAGAGGAGGACUAUACACGCAUGGGCCAAGUUUGUAGUGAGCGCCGUAUGUUGAGCCGUCUCCGCGGGCGUACGGAGCAAGGCUCGUCAUUUCUUUGAGGCAGAAGCGUACAACGGGGGACACUGAGUUUUGAUUGGCGGAGGAAGGCAGAGCCAAAAUCACUCUCGCCAGGAAACGGGUCGAAUUUCAGGGGGGAGUGACACCCACUAGAGUGAGGGAGGGGGGCAGUGUGUGGGGACGUAAGGAGGAGAAAAAAAUCUAGCUAGUAAACCUGACAAAGCGUCUGAGAACACAACUAGGAUUGUCGGGGGAGAAGACGCCGAGCCGCGAGGGACCGUAUAUUGAUGGAUUCUAUGUUCUUGGAUAGUAGAUCGGCGUUCAUUUCCGCGCUCUAGUUCUCACACGUUGUGAGAUUUGCAUUUACAGUGCACUACUUUAGAACACUGACAUAAAUGCCUCUAAAAGAAACUUGCUGAGGAAGUGAAGUUUCGGGAACCUAUGUUUUUCUGUCUGUUUUUGGAGGAUAUAUGCAUUGAAACGCGGAUUUCUUCAAGUGCAGUGGACUACUAAAUAUUUUGGAAUACAUGAAACAAUUUUUUUCUGUGAUUUGAGUCGGUUCUUUUGGGUUCUGCUGCUUUAAGAUUUGCAUUUUUUGGUGCAGUGAGGAGUAAGAGCUACACAUUCCUCUCUCGUUCCGGCCCGUGCAUUCGGCUCUCUGCAUGCAAACAGGAGAUCUUCAACACUUUAGUCCGUCUUGCCCAGGUGAUUGCUGGGACUUCCAGUGGGUGACAGGCCAGACAGCCUGCAGUUGAUGGUUGGGUGGAGCCCCUCAGAUGGGAUCCUUGUCCAGGGGGAGGCGAAGGAGGGGGGCAUGGCUGGACCUGCGCCCCAGUAAAGGCAUGGCCUCGUGGGCCUGGCUUCUUGCAGCUGUCCUGCUGUCGCUGCUGACAGCCACCCUGGCCAGACCUCCGUUCACUGCUACAGAGGAGGAGGAGGAGGGGGGGGCCACGACGGAGCCUGAAGAACCUCCAACCAAAUACCAGAUCUCUAAGCCCACGCUCUGCUCGCUCCUGCCGGGGGAGGUGCUGAAGCUGAGCUGCCCUCUGCCCCAGGGCAGCAUCACCUGGACCAAAGAUGGCACCUCCCUGGGGGCCAACAACCGCACCCUGAUAGAGCAGGCGGUGCUGCAGAUCCGGGAUGCCACGCCCCGGGACUCGGGGCUGUACGUGUGCAGCAGCGGCCUGCCUGGGGCCCCGGGCUCCGAGAGCCUUCAGCUCUGCUUCAUAGUCAACAUCACAGAUGCCAUCUCGUCUGGGGAUGAUGAAGAUGACAGCGAGCGUUCGGAGGACGUGGGGACAGAUGCAGCCGACCAGAUGAGGACACCCUACUGGACGUCUCCAGAGAAGAUGGAAAAGAAGCUGCAUGCUGUUCCUGCUGCCAACACCGUCAAGUUCAAGUGUGCGGCAGGAGGGCACCCGCGCCCACGCCUGCGCUGGCUGAAGAACAGCCGUCCCUUCCGCCAGGAGGACCGCAUGGGCGGGUACAAGGUGCGCCACCAGCACUGGACCCUGAUCAUGGAGAGUGUGGUGCCGUCAGACAAGGGCAACUACACCUGCCUGGUGGAGAAUGAGUAUGGAGCCAUAAACCACACCUACACCCUGGAUGUCGUGGAGCGCUCCCCUCACAGGCCCAUCCUGCAGGCGGGGCUUCCGGCCAACACCACAGUCCACGUGGGGGAGGAUGCCCGCUUCGUGUGCAAGGUGUACAGUGACGCCCAGCCCCACAUCCAGUGGCUGCAGCACAUCCAGAAGAACGGGAGCCAUGUGGGUCCGGACGGCCACCCUUACGUACGCGUGCUCAAGACCGCAGGUGUUAACACCACGGAUAAGGAGAUUGAAGUCCUCUUCUUGCCCAAUGUAACUCUGGAGGAUGCUGGGGAGUAUACGUGCUUGGCUGGUAAUUCUAUUGGGAUCUCCUAUCACACUGCUUGGUUGACGGUGCUUCCAGCCAACACAGACGAGCCCGUCACCGGCCUGACCUCUCCGGACUAUGUGGAGAUUGGUAUCUACUGCGUGGGCGUGUUCCUGAUCGCAUGCAUGGUGGUGAUCGUGGUGGUGUGCAGGAUGAGGAACACAGCCAAGAAGCCAGACUUCGGGGGUCAGCCUGCCGUUCACAAGCUGAGCAAGCAGAUCCCCCUCCGCCGCCAGGUAACAGUGUCUGCUGACUCCAGCUCCUCCAUGAGCUCCAGCACGCCGCUAGUACGCAUCACAACACGCCGAAGCUCUGCCCACGACGACCCCAUCCCCGAGUACGAUGUCCCGGAGGACCCCCGCUGGGAGUUCUCCAGAGACAGGCUGACCCUUGGCAAGCCCCUAGGGGAGGGCUGCUUUGGCCAGGUGGUGAUGGCCGAGGCCCUGGGCAUUGACAAGGAGAAGCCCAAGGAGGCCGUGACCGUAGCAGUCAAGAUGCUGAAAGACGAUGCCACUGAGAAGGACCUGUCAGACCUGGUGUCGGAGAUGGAGAUGAUGAAAAUGAUUGGGAAGCACAAAAACAUCAUAAACCUGCUGGGGGCGUGCACACAGGAUGGGCCCCUGUAUGUGAUCGUGGAGUACGCCUCCAAGGGGAACUUGAGGGAGUACCUGCGCGCCCGUCGGCCCCCAGGAAUGGACUACUCCUACGACAUCGCCCGCUGCCCUGACGAGCAGCUCACCUUCAAGGACCUGGUCUCCUGCACCUACCAGGUGGCCCGGGGGAUGGAGUACCUCGCCUCACAAAAGUGUAUCCAUAGAGACCUGGCAGCGAGGAAUGUCUUGGUGACGGAGAGCAACUUCAUGAAGAUUGCAGACUUCGGCCUGGCCAGAGACGUCCACAACAUCGACUACUAUAAGAAGACCACCAAUGGUCGUCUCCCGGUGAAAUGGAUGGCUCCAGAGGCGUUGUUUGACCGAGUGUACACACACCAGAGUGACGUCUGGUCGUUCGGGGUGCUGAUGUGGGAGAUCUUCACCCUGGGGGGGUCUCCCUACCCUGGCAUCCCAGUGGAGGAGCUCUUCAAGCUGCUGAAGGAAGGCCAUCGCAUGGACAAGCCUGGCAACUGCACCAAUGAGCUGUACAUGAUGAUGAAAGACUGCUGGCAUGCUAUCUCCUCUCACAGGCCCACCUUCAAGCAGCUAGUAGAGGAUCUGGACCGCAUCCUCACCUUGGCCACCAACGAGGAGUACCUGGACCUGUGCUCCCCAGCGGAGCAGUACUCUCCCAGCUUCCCAGACACGCGCAGCUCCUGCUCCUCCGGGGACGACUCUGUGUUCUCCCAUGAUCCUCUAGCGGACGAGCCCGGCCUCCCUAAGUACCAGCACAUCAACGGGGGCAUCAAAACAUGAGCCCCCCAACCACCUCCCUCCUCCUUCUCCCCCCUCCAUAACCUCCUCUCCCCUCUUCCCCCCUGUCUGGAUCUUAUGAACAAAUGGACCUGGACAAGACUGGGCAGGUGACAGUGCUGCUGGCAACGUCAACACACACACACCGUCAUACAUAAGCUCUUACAGACGUGUUGAAGGGCUGAAGGAGAAAACAGGGACCUGAGAGUGUUCCCCUUGACUGACUGAAUGAAGAGCUGGCCCCUUUAUAGCCCUGCCUUUAAUAGCCCCGCCCCCAAGCCCAACCCCCUGGAUAGUCCCAGCCCUGGAUUGCUGCCCCCACCCCUUCAGUUGUUUAGCUCUUGUUGUUGUUCCAAAAGUUCUGGAAAUAUGUUUCUUCCAUGAUUGCAUUCCAUUGGCUGGCAUUCCAAGACUUUGUUUAUUCCCAGAGGAAAGAUGGACCUUAAUAAACUGAAAAAGGAACGGAAAACAGAGGAAGAGAAACAGGAAUGGAAUUGAAAGAAAAGCCUAACUAACAAACAUAUAGAUGGAUGGACUGAGGGGAAGAAUGCCUAAAGACACUGCCUCUUGUUUAUUUUGUAAUAUUGUCUAAUUUCUUUUUACUUUACUCUCUUGAUACACCCAUGCAAUUAUUCAUAUGGAGAAAAAACAAUACACAGUAAACUGUAUAGUGCUGGGUAUAUCUGUAAAUAUAUUCAAAUAUGUAUAAAUAUAUAUUAUAUAUUUACAGUGAAUUAUUUUUUGUAUGGGCUCCAGAAUAAUGAGCCCUCUCCUUGCUCUCUCUUGAGGACAGAGGGCAUGUUGGGCAGGUUCUUACACAGACCAACACAUUGCAGACACACCUGUCUCUCUCGCUCAGUAACACAGUGGACUUUUGGCUUUCAGGGACAGAGGUAGCAUGUUAAUUUAUUGACUUAUGUUUUUUUGAAAGUGAAUAAAAAAGUUGAAAACUACAAAAAUAGUACAAAAUAAAUAAUGAUAUUAAUGAUGCCAAUAAUAAAGAAUAAAUAAUCCAUUAUGUAUUUCAAAAUGAUCUUUCAUAGGUAACAGAGAAAGCUAUUUUUAGUGGGUUUGAAAGAUCCUUGUUUUGUAUGGUUUAUAUAUGAAUGUGAAUAUUAAGUUAAAAUUGAAAUAUUGUACAUUUUAUAGUUGUCUAAUCCCUUUCUUACGUAGCUGGUGCAGUUUUUAUCCAGUCAAUUUACUCUUUCUUAGGUUUGCAUUUGAAAUUACAUGAUUUCUGGAUAUUUAUAUAUAAUAAAUAAAAAAGAUUCUGAAAUUACCCACUAGCGAUCUGUAACCUCCUGUAGAUGGAAGAUAGACUAAAUUCACACAAGAGAAUUGAAAGCUGGGAAAUGAAAGUAUUAAAUCAUUCAAGUGUUUUUCUUUUUUUUUUACUGGACCAAGUUGAAAAUGUUCUGUUCAAAUGUUCCUACCACAUUGGCAACAUUAAAGAUGGAAAAGCA